CGCCUCUGCUCCUGCGCGCGGCUGUCACGCUUUACUACCAACAGGCACGGAAUUCCAGGGAGGAAGUCACUGAGAUUGGAAAACGAACAACAACUGUAAAAGGUGCCACGAAAAGGAAAAACAAACCCUGGAUACGUGAAGAAGUCGGAAUACGGCCUUUCCUCGCUGGGAACAGUAGAACCAUCUGAAGUUUGGAGUAUGGACUAGAGGCGCCGCCGCGCCGGGUCGCAGCAGAUGGAGGUGGCGAGAAGUUUGGUGUUCGUCGGGGCCGUGCUGCUUGCAGCGACGGGAGCUCUGGGUAGAGAAGAAACACCUGACCAGAGGACGUUUCCAGAGCCAGGUGUCCGCGUAUGCCUGGGUACAGACAUGAAGCUGGACCUGCCCUCCAGCCUGGAAAAUCACUACGAGACCCUGAAGCUGCUCUACACCGACUGCAAGGUCGUCCACGGUAACCUGGAGAUCACUCACCUUCAUGGAAACCCGGACCUCUCCUUCCUAGAGGGGAUCGUGGAGGUUCAGGGUUAUGUACUUAUAGCCCAUUUGUCAGUGAGUGUGUUGCCUUUGGACAACCUUCGCAUCAUCCGAGGCAGCCAGCUGUACAACUCCAACUACACUCUGGCUGUGCUCGAUAACACUGUGGGCGGAUUGGGGCUCAGGACGCUGCGGCUACGUAGCCUCACAGAGAUCCUGUUGGGAGCUGUGUAUAUUUGGGGGAACCCCCAGCUGUGCUACCCUGACCCCGAAAACAUUGUUUGGAGGGACAUGUUAGAUAAGCCAAACACAUACGCCGAUCGGCACCGACUGCAGGGACGGGCCCCCAAUUGUCCCAGUUGUGCCUCUGUUUGUCCGAAAGGCUGCUGGGGAGAAACGGCACAGGACUGCCAGACCUUGACACAGAUAAACUGUGCGUUUGGCUGUCAGCGCUGUAAAGGUCCCAAGCCCCAUGACUGCUGUCACACACAGUGUGCGGCCGGGUGCACAGGGCCCAAAGACUCAGACUGUCUGGCUUGCCGUCACUUCAACGACAGCGGUGUGUGUAAGGAGAACUGUCCUCCGCCCACCAUCUACGACCCUGUCACCUUCCAGACCAAACCCAACCCAAACAAGAAGUUUAACUUUGGAGCAACAUGUGUGAAGACGUGCCCCUAUAACUACCUGGCUAUGGAAGUAGCUUGCACUUUGGUUUGUCCCAAAACCAACCAGGAAGUUAUCGUCGCCAACCCUGAGGGAAACGAGCAGCAGAAAUGUGAAAAGUGUGAAGGAGACUGUCCCAAAGUGUGUUAUGGUCUGGGUAUGGACAACCUCGGUGUCAUGGACAACCACGGCGUCACCAUGGUAACAUCUACUAAUGUGGAGCAGUUCAACAAGUGCAAGAAGAUAUUUGGCAGUCUGGCUUUCCUCCCUCAGAGCUUUGCAAGGGACUCUGCGAGCAACACAUCAGGUCUGUCCCUCGAGCAGCUCAGCGCCUUCAAGUCUCUGGAGGAGAUUACAGGUUAUUUGUACGUUGAUGCCUGGCCAGAAGAGUGGACUGACCUCCAUGUGUUCGAGAACCUGAAGGUGAUCAGAGGCAGGAUGCUCUACAAGGGGGUGUUUUCACUCGCCAUCCAGAAUCUGCACAUCCGCUCUGUUGGGUUGCGUUCACUACGCAGCGUCAGCGGAGGUUUGGUUCUGUUGCACAACAACUCCCAGCUGUGCUACACCAGUUCCCUGCCCUGGAGCACGCUGCUGCACCCCACCCAGGGGCCGCACCGCAUCGUCAGCCUGAACCAGGACGCCCAGCUCUGUGAGGAAGAGGAGCGUGUGUGUCACCAGCUGUGCAAGGGGGGCUGCUGGGGCCCGGGGCCGAACCAGUGUGUGUCCUGCACGGCUUUCAAACGCGGCACUGAGUGCGUGGAUCAGUGUGACAUCUACCAGGGGUCCAUCCGCGAAUACGCCGCUGAGUCUCUGUGUGUCGCUUGUCACUCAGAGUGUCAACCUCUCAAUGGCUCCGCCUCCUGCCGUGGCUCGGGUGCAGAGCAUUGUUCAGAGUGCAGACAUUUCCAGGACGGUGAGUUAUGUGUGGAUCAUUGUCCCAGCGGUGAGAAGGAGGAUCAGCAAACUGUGUGGAAGUACAGCAACGCUUCAGGACACUGUCUGUCCUGCAACAUCAACUGCACGCUGUCCUGCACGGUGAUGGAUGAGAGAGGCUGUCCCGUGGAUAAAAGGCCAGGACCGGGGACAACCAUCGCGGCUGCAGUGGGUGGAGUGGUGCUCUUCUUCAUCCUGCUGGCCCUGCUGGUCUUCUACCUGAAGAGACAAAAUACGCUCAGGAGGAAAGAGACAAUGAGGAGGAUCCUGCAAGAACACGAGCUGGUGGAGCCUUUAACACCCAGCGGCGCGUCGCCAAAUCAGGCUCAGAUGCGUAUUCUGAAAGAGACAGAGUUGAAAAAGCUCAGGGUGCUCGGAGCAGGGGCCUUCGGUACCGUUUACAAGGGUGUGUGGGCACCUGAAGGGGAAAAUGUGAAAAUACCAGUGGCCAUCAAGGUGUUACGAGAGAACACCUCGCCUAAGGCCAAUAAGGAGAUCCUUGACGAGGCCUAUGUGAUGGCAGGAGUGGCGAGCCCCUACGUGUGUCGCCUGCUGGGGAUCUGUCUGACCUCCACGGUGCAGCUGGUCACUCAGCUGAUGCCGUACGGCUGCCUGCUCGACUACGUCAGGGAGAACAAGGACCGCAUCGGAUCCCAGUUCCUCCUCAACUGGUGUGUCCAGAUCGCCAAGGGGAUGAGUUAUCUGGAGGAAGUCCGGCUGGUCCACAGAGAUUUGGCCGCCCGAAAUGUUCUGGUCAAAAACCCGAACCACGUGAAGAUCACCGAUUUUGGUCUCGCUCGUCUGCUGGACAUCGAUGAGACUGAAUAUCACGCUGACGGAGGAAAGGUGCCGAUUAAAUGGAUGGCCCUGGAGUCUAUUCUGCACAGGAAGUUCACUCACCAGAGCGACGUCUGGAGCUAUGGCGUGACGGUGUGGGAGCUGAUGACGUUUGGAGCUAAACCGUACGACAUGAUCCCAGCCAGAGAAAUCCCUGAGGUGUUGGAGGGAGGAGAACGGCUCCCCCAGCCUCUCAUCUGCACCAUCGACGUCUACAUGAUCAUGGUCAAAUGUUGGAUGAUUGACCCGGACAGCAGACCGAGGUUCACAGAUCUGGUGAAUGAUUUCUCUGCCAUGGCCAGAGAUCCUUCUCGCUAUGUAGUCAUCCCGAAUGAAGAGCACAUGAGCAUGAACAGCCCUGUGGACAGCCAGUUCUUCCGGAUGCUCAUGGAGGAGGAAGGGAACAACAUGAGGGAGCUGCUGGAUGCUGAGGAGUAUCUGGUGCCUCAGCCCAACCACUUCCCCAGGAUGCAGGGGGACGGGGCCCAGACCAACGGGCCGUCCAGACACCAGUCGUACAGGCAGAGCAGAGAUACGGGUUUAGACGUGGAGCCCUCCGUUGCCGGCGGCCCCCGCAGCAUGUACUCCUCUGUGAGCACUCUGGGCCGCAGCCAGUACCCCACCUUACCUCUCGGAGCCAGCGCCUCCAACGGGGUCUGGGUCCCUCAGUACCCAGCGCUGGCUCGCAGUCCCUCAGCCGGGGACCAAUCUGACAAUGUCUUCCUGGACGGACCCCCAGACGACCCCUCGCUGCCCCCGGCAAGCCCCGGGCGCUACUGCAAAGACCCCACCUACUCCAACGGGAGCCAGGGCGACCUGGAGACUGACGGGCCCAACGGCUUCCAUCACCCCCAACCCUAUCAUUACUCACUGCCCCGACGGAACCAUGGAUAUAAUCAUAAUCAAGCCCAGCCAGAGUACGUCAACCAUCAGAUUCAGGAUCUCAGACCGGGGAUUCCCGACCGGCCAAGCACGUUGCCCCGUAAAGGCUCCAGAGUGGACCGGCGCCUCCCCAACGGCCUGAACUCCGGGCACAGCGUGGAAAACCCGGGGUAUUUGGUCCCCGGGGGCCCCACGUCUCCAGCCUUCGACAACCCGUACUACCUGGACCUCGUGGCCAAAGCUAACGCUGUCGCUGCUGCAGGGGACGGCCUGGAGUCACAGGAGAGAGACGGAGGAGGGCCCAGGCAGCUAAACGGGUUUAUGGCCUCAACGGCAGAGAAUCCAGAGUAUCUGGGACUAGCGGACACGUGGAGUGGACAUACCUGAGGAGAGGGAGAAAUGUGACGAACUCCAGGGGAACCACAGCUUGUGUUCUACUGAGGGGAAACGAGGAGCGAGAGAAAGGGAAGAUGUGUGUGACACAAACGAGCUGGGUGUUUUAUAUUUGGAACAUUAGGUGCCUGUGUGACUGAAUCAUGCACCUGAAUCAUAACCGGUCGAUGUCGUCCGGUGAGAGUCACCAAAUGCCCCAGCUGUGACACACCGUGUAGCAUUAAUCUGGUGUCUGUGGCAUCAUUCGUAUUCCUGUCUUCCUCUCAGAAAUCUGUCCUCUCUAUGUGAAUGUAAAGUGCCAAAAAAAAGAAGUUCCCUCCACCUCUGUGUAUAACGCAGGACUCGAUAAGCAGAGGAGUUCACAUUUGUCAAAACACAACAAGGUACAAGAGUCUGAUUGUCACAGAAUCAAACAUUUGACACUUUGUUUUGUUUUGUCUUUAAUGUCUGUGGUUGUUUCUACUACAUGUGAAGCAUUUGUCUGUGUUUCCUUCAGCUCCCUGGUGCUAUAGGUCAUGACUCAGCCCAGCUAAAAAGAGAGAAUAGUACACGUUGACAAAGUGAGUUGUAUUGAAAGUGGUGUUUAGUAUUCUGGUCACUUUGUCUCCGACCUGAUGGGGGUCUUCAACACACUCAAAGCCAUUUUGUUUUGGCCAGAGAGUGGCCAGCAGCCCAUCUGGCCAGUAAGCAUGCUCCCUGAAAGAAAGGCAUCCUGUAUGGAGAAGACAGAGGCAUUGUGCAACACUGGUGUGUGUGUGUGUGUGUGUGUGUGUGUGUGUGUGUGUGUGUGUGUGUGUGUGUGUGUGUGUGUGUGUGUGUGUGUGUGUGUGUGUGUGUGUGUGUGUGUGUGUGUGUGUGUGUGUGUGUGUGUGUGUGUGUGUGUGUGUGUGUGUGUGUGUGUGUGUGUGUGUGUGUGUGUGUGUGUGUGUGUGUGUGUGUGUGUGUGUGUGUGUGUGUGUGUGUGUCUCAGCUGCAGCUACUUUGUGGUACGACCCAUGAGAUACGAGGUCUGGGAAACUCUCCGAAAUUAUGUUUUUCGUGUUGAACAACAAAGUGUAUUUAUGACUAAAUUAGAGCCAGCGAAUCAGGGAUUAUUUUUUAACUAAUUAGGGAAUAUUUUGUGCAUUUUGAAUCCUGCACUACGUGGCAGGAUGCUGCGUGUGUCCCCCAGGCUUGUGUUAUCACAAUGAGCCAUUCGAUGUUGGUGGCCUUUUACUUUGCAAAAGAAACGCACUACAAGCUAUUGAUGAUUACAUUCAACAAGAAGAGAAGAAUGUGCAUGUAUGUAUGUAAACAUUGGGUUUGCUCCCAGUUAUGGAACAAAAAGCAAUCCUGCCUUUUUGUGUUGUUUGUGUAAAAGUAAGCAAUGCACUCUGCACUGGAGCUGAAUCUGAGGAGGCAGAAGCAUUGCUGCGCUGGGUCUGGAUAAUCAAUGCAUGGCUAGAAUUCCACUCGGAGAGAAGACACUAAGCGCCCAGUUAAUAAUCAACAGCAUUUUUUUUAUGUUAGCUGGUGUAGGGGCUGGUCAACCCCGCGUCAAUGGAGCCAUUGUCUCACCCUCAUGUCCAUGUUGGAAACUCAGUGCUCUCUGACUCGUGCGUCCCGAGCACUUUUGUUGUCACAGCGUGCAAAGAAAGUAAGAGUUUAUUUUCUGCAGAAGUUUUGACCUGGUUCAGUGUUUGGGGGCUUUGAAAUCCUGAAACAAGUCUUGAAAAAUUGACUGGGUUGUUGAAAUGCGUACGACCCUCCAUCAACACAUCGGUUUCUACUCUGAAAGUCUUUUAUCUUGAUGUUCUCAUACGGGUGUUGAAGAGUUUUGUUCCAGAAUAAGUGAUUUUAUAUAAGAAUUUCUUUAAAAAUAUAACAUAUUUUUCUAAAAACGUGAUAAGACUUUAUUUUAAUGAUCAACUAUCAUAUAAUUACACCAUUUAGAUUGAAUUUGAAUAUGUUUGAGUGAUAGGACUCGUAUAACAGUUUAUAUAAAUAUAUAUAUACAUAGUGUUUUGGAAUGAAACCCUUCACAUUUACCGUAGCUGUCCGGUGAAGACCUCCUAUCUACAAAUAAAAAAAGACUUUAGAUUGAUUAAAACGUUUUUCUCUGAGGUUACAACCCUUAAAAUAAAUUAAAGGUGCACCCCGGGUCUUCUUAUACUACACAGUAACACCAGUGAAUCCUUAAUAUUUGUAUAAACAAUUGCAAUUCUCAACUGAACUGUGUGAAGACAUUUGGGCGAUAGGGGGUGCUAUCGUUCAUUUAAAAAAAAAAAAAGACGUCCCGGCUUCCUUAAGAAUGUGAUAUAUUUGUUCACGGAUAUUAAUAGACCUUCUGUACAAUCACUAUUGAUGUACUGGUGUUUACACUGUAGUGUCUUCAUCGUCUUCAUGUAUAACAUGUUCCUUUUAGAUGACAUGACCAAUGGAUCUCACAGCUGAGGAUCGACCUGCUGUUCUCCUUAAAACCACGUGUCCUUUUUUUCUGUGUUUUUUUAUUAAAAACUGUUCAUUUGUACUAAAAUCAGGCAGAUCUGGAGAGCUGAUUCUUGUCAUGUUUCUGGUGACUUGGUUUAUGGUAACGUUAAAUCUUCUCGGGCAAAAUGUGGAAAGAGUAAAAGGUUGUUUGUCGCUUUUUUAAUUGUGAAGCUUAACCUGAAUGAGAAUGAGGCCUGUAACUGUUUUGUACGUUUGUUAAACAUCGACAAAAGUCUGUUAAAAAGUCUCAAAUGUGACCGAAGUAAGAACCUGCAUGUUUUUAUCCAGAGAUAAGCCCAAAAGGAAAGAAGGAACUAAUGAGAGUGUGCUGAAGGUUUUAUAAAAUUAAAUACCUGUAAUAUACAUUUUGAAGAAAAUGUAUCUUUUAUACUUUUCAUGUGAAUAUUUUUUUAACCGUUCACAGUGUGUGUGAUUGUGACAGGACAUGAAUAAUUAUAACAACCAUGUUUUUGGGAGAUUUUUUUUAAAAAAUGUUUCCUUUCUUAUUUGGUCAGUGAGUCGCAUGAUGUAAAUGUGUAGUGUACAUACAUAAAAACAAUCACUUUGGUAGCUAAUUUGAUUGAAUACAUUGUGACCAGUGGCUCUAAUGUGGAGGGAGGCGGGAGUUGUAUUCAUAAGAAAAUAAUUUAUGAAGAAAUGGUCAUUUUAUUUGUAAUUGUUUGCAUACAUUGUGUGUCUCAUUAAACUCAUACCGACAACUUA